AUGUCUGCCGACGUGCAAGAAACCAAACAGGACUCCCAGCACGAGACCAAACCCGAGGCCAACAUCUCCAGCUCUGAGCAUUCCGACCCCGUCAACGAUGAGCGUCCCGAUGCCGAAGCCCAGGCUGGUGUCCAGGCCAUCGAGGCCACGACCAUGGCCUGGACAAAGACGGUCCUGGUCAUCGCCUACGUCAUGAUCUGGCUCAUCUACUUCGUCGAGACCAUGCUCAACGGUGUCACAGGCGCUCUCACUCCCUAUGUCACUUCCGCCUUUGCCUUGCACUCGCUCACUCCGACUGUCAGCAUCAUCAGCAGUAUCGUGGGAGGCGUCAUCAACCUCACCAUUGCAAAGAUCAUCGACGUUUUUGGCCGGCCUCAUGGCCUCAUCUUCACCGCCUGGUUGGGGACCAUCGGUCUGAUCAUGAUGGCUGCUUGCAACAACGUCGAGGCCUAUGCCGCGGCCAUGAUAUUCCAUACCGUGGGCAACAACGGUGUGCAAUACAUCCUGUCCGUCUUCAUCGCCGACACGACCAAGCUGAAGAACCGAGGUCUGAUGCAAGCCCUCAUGAACUCUGCCAGUCUUGUCACUGGCUGGAUCGCUGGGCCGAUAGCCGAAGGAUACCUGGGCGGAGCUGGAUGGCGUUGGGCUUUCGGCAUGUUCACCAUCCUUGUCCCCGUUGUUACGAUGCCACUCGCGGGUCUCAUGAUGCACAAUUACCGCAAGGCAAAGCAAUUGGGCAUCAUCGCUCCGCGAAACAGUGGCCGCAGCGCCUUGCAAUCCGUCAUGCACUACUGUCGCGAAUUCGACGCCGUCGGCCUUCUUCUGCUCUCCGCUGGCGUGGCCCUGUUUCUCCUGCCCUUCAAUCUCUACGCGUUCCAGGGCAGAGGCUGGGGAUCAGCACUGGUUAUUAGUAUGCUGGUUAUUGGCAUCGUCCUUAUGCUCAUAUUCCCUGUAUGGGAAAGGUCCUUCGCACCGGUCAGCUUGAUUCCCUACCGGCUACUCAAAGAUCGCACCGUCGCUGGAUCUUGUCUUCUCUGCACUUGUCUCUUCAUGAGCUAUUUCGUGUGGAACAGCUACUUCGGUUCCUAUCUCCAAGUGGUCCAAGGACUUAGCGUCAAACAUGCGAGCUACAUUGCUCAAUCUUAUACCGUCUUGUCCGUGCUCGUCGCUGUUACUGCUGGAUAUCUGAUCCAUCGGACUGGACAUUUCAAAUUCAUGUCUCUUUUUGUCGGCAUUCCUCUCGCCCUCCUUGGACAGGGCCUCCUGAUCCACUUCCGUGCUCCGGGCAACGUGGGCUACAUUGUCAUGUGCCACAUGUUCAUCUCCAUUUCCCAGGGUCUGCUCGUCAUCACCAACGAGAUUGCCAUUCUGGCCGCUGGUACGCACGAAAACGUUGCUUCUUCCAUUGCGCUCGUCAGCAUCUUCGGUAGUAUCGGUGGUGCUAUUGGUCUGACCGUUGCGUCGUCCAUCUGGCAGGACAUCAUUCCCAAGAAACUUAUGGAAUAUCUGCCUGCGGAAGACAUGCCAAAUCUCUUGAUGAUCUACGGCGACAUCACAACACAGCUUUCCUUCCCCGAAGGCUCCCCAACGCGACUUGCUAUCCAGCGUGCCUACGGAGACGCCAUGCUUCGACUGUUGGGUGCUAGUCUGGGCAUCUGGAUUCUUGGAGCCGCCGGUGUGUUGCUGUGGAAGAACAUCAACGUGAAGAACAUCAAGCAAUCGAAGGGUCAAGUUUGGUAG